UGGGGGUGGGGACGUGGAAGUUUCGCACUUCUACGCCUGACUACGUGGGGACUCGGAGGCGCCCAGAAAAAUGAAGCCGACCCAGCCCUGGCCCGAGGGACGCUCCAGGGCGGCGGAGCAGGGAGGGCCGGGCCACCGCUCGCUGUAACGUGAGCCAGGCUGCGGCGAAGGGCGGCGGGGGCCAUCCAGGGUUGACUCCGGGAGCAGCGCGACAGGAGCCAGACAGCGCUUCGUCCUCCCGGGCGAGGCCGGCCGGCGUCCCCGAGGUGGAAGAGCAGCAGAACUUCCAAGGUCGCGGAGAGACGCCGGGGAAGGACCUCUUUGCAGUUGGAAGGGCAGGGUCCUCAGGACCCGCGCGGCCCAGGAGAGGGGCGGGACCCGGAGCCACAGCCGGUGUCCACUCGGGAAUCUUCGGCCGACGCUCGGCAAUCCCCUUCACCUCCGGCCUGGACCGCGGGUACGGGGCCGAUCCGGAAACAGCCGAGCGGAUCCGGAAACAGCCGAGAGGACCCGGAAGCGGCCAGCGCCGUCACCAGGGAGUGCGGGAAUCCGCCGUUUGCACUGAGGUAAUGGCGGCAGCUGCGCCGGCGGCCGCGAGCGAGGACGGGCGGCUGCUGCGGCCGGGGGCCGCCAUGGACCCCCAGUCCCUUGAAGGUAUAAAGGUUGAGACCGAGUCAGGUGAGCUCAGCCGGCUUCGGGCUGAGCUGGCAGGCGCCCUGGCAGAAAUGGAGACCAUGAAGGCGGUGGCGGAGGUGAGCGAAAGCACCAAAGCCGAGGCUGUGGCUGCAGUGCAGCGGCAGUGUCAAGAGGAGGUGGCCUCGCUGCAGGCCAUCCUGAAAGACUCCAUCAGCAGCUAUGAAGCCCAGAUCGCGUCCCUGAAGCAGGAGCGGCAGCAGCAGCAGCAGGACUCUGAGGAGAAGGAGCGAGAGCUGGGCCAACUGAAGCAGCUGCUGGCCCGGGCCCACCCCCUGGACUCCUUGGAGAAGCAGAUGGAAAAGGCCCACGAGGACUCUGAGAAGCUGCGAGAGAUUGUGCUGCCCAUGGAGCAGGAGAUCGAGGAGCUCAAGGCAAAGCUUCUGAAGGCGGAGGAGCUGAUUCAAGAGAUCCAGAGACGUCCCCGGCACCCCCCUUCCCUGCACGGCUCCACGGAGUUGCUGCCGCUGUCCCGGAACCCAUCUCCACCCCUGGAGCCCCUGGAGGAGCCGAGCGGCGAUGGGGGCCCGGCCGCCGAGGCCUUCGCCCACAACUGUGACGACAGCGCCUCCAUCUCCUCCUUCUCCCUCGGCGGAGCUGGCAGCAGCGCCUCCCUGCCCCGCGGCCGCCAGGGCCUGAGCUCCGAGCAGGAAGAGACGGCCUCCCUGGUGUCCACGGGCACCCUGGUCCCCGAGGGCAUCUACCUGCCCCCUCCUGGGUACCAGCUGGUCCCAGACAAUCAGUGGGAGCAGCUGCAGGCCGAGGGCCGGCAACUGCAGAAGGACCUGGAGAGCGUCAGCCGCGAGCGGGAUGAACUGCAGGAGGGCCUGAGAAGGAGCACCGAGGACUGCGCCAAGCAGAUGCAGGUGCUCCUGGCCCAGGUCCAGAACUCAGAGCAGCUGCUUCGGACCCUGCAGGGGACCGUGAGCCAGGCCCAGGAGCGGGUGCAGCUGCAGAUGGCAGAACUGGCCACCUCUCACAAGUGCCUGCACCAGGAGGUAAAGCGGCUGAAUGAGGAAAACCAGGGGCUCCGGGCUGAGCAUUUGCCCUCUUCAGCCCCCCAGAGCCUGGAGCAGCUGGAGGGCGAGGACGAGUCACUGCCCAGCUCCGUGCAGGAGCUGCAGCAGCUGCUGCACCGCACGCGGCAGGAGGCGCGCGCCCGGCUGCAGGCCCGGGAGCACGAGGCCGAGCGCCUGCGGAUUGAGAUCGUUACUCUGCGGGAGGCCCUGGAGGAGGAGACGGCGGCCAGGGCCAGCCUGGAGGGGCAGCUGCGGGUGCAGCGGGAGGAGACAGAGGUGUUAGAGGCCUCCCUGUGUAGCCUGAGGACCGAGAUGGACCGGAUCCAGCAGGAACAGAGCCAGGCCCAGCUCAAAGACCUCCUCUCAGAGCAGAGGGCCAAGGUGCUGCGGCUGCAGGCUGAGCUGGAGACCAGCGAACAGGUGCAGAGGGACUUCGUGCGACUGUCCCAGGCCCUGCAGGUGCGCCUAGAGCGGAUCCGCCAGGCUGGGACUCUGGAGCAGGUGCGCUGCAUCCUGGAUGAGGGAUCCCUCAAGGAUGUGAGGGACAUCAAGGACACUUGAGGGGCCUGGCGAGAACCAUCGCUCCCCGCUUCCACCCCCCCUGGGGAAGACUGCCUUCCUCCAGUCCAGACCCUGAGGCCUGGGCUUUGGGGUGUCAGGACGGAGCUCUCACCCUCUCCAAGCUUGGGAUUGGGGUGCCGGGGCCACCACUGCCCAGCGCCUCCUCCCAGAGUGGCUGGGCCUUCUGCUCUCAGGGAUGACACCGCCCCCUCCUGGAACCAAAGGGCAGGCUGAACCCUGCGGCUCUCUGGCUGCUGUGCUGCCUCCAGCGCCCCCGCUGGCCAACAGCCACGCUGGCACAGUCCGUCCCCGUCCGUCCCGAGGCACAGCCGAGCUGUGUGGUGGCUGGCAGCCUCUGUCAGCAUCAGUGGGUCCCUCAUGCACACCCUGAGACAGGCAGCUGCUUUCUGGACGCAUGACACUAAGACGCUUGUCCACGGGGCCUGACGCAGGCCUCGAGACGUGCACGGAGGCGAGGCCAGAAUUUUCUGUCAUUUAUUUUCAAUAAAUAAGCAGCUCAGCUCA